UGUUUUCAGCCGGAAUCGGUCCGUCCGCGGUCCUUCUGUUUCCGUGUCUGGGAGGGGAGCGGUGGUGUGAUUUUAGAGGAAACUUUUUAUCUGUCAGAAUGCAGGACCCGAAUGAAGACACAGAGUGGAAUGAUAUCCUGAGGAAGAAAGGGAUUCUUCCUCCCAAAGAGGUACCUAAAGAUGAUGAAGAGGAAGAGCUGGCCCUCCAACAGCAGUCUGUCGUUAAAACGUAUGAGAGCAUGACGAUGGAGGAACUGGAGGAGAAUGAAGAUGAGUUCGGUGAAGACGAUGAGGCUGCCAUUGAGAUGUACAGACAGAAGCGUCUUGCGGAGUGGAAGGCGACUCAGAUGAAGAAUGUGUUCGGGGAGCUGGGGGAAAUCUCAGGGCAAGACUACGUCAACGAGGUCAACAAGGCUGGAGAUGGCAUCUGGGUGGUGCUGCACCUCUACAAACAGGGCAUCCCUCUGUGCACACUUAUUAACCAGCACCUGAGCUUGUUGGCCAGGAAGUUCCCUCAGACCAAGUUCCUCAAGUCCAUCUCCACCACCUGCAUCCCUAACUACCCCGACCGCAACCUGCCCACCAUCUUUGUGUACUUUGAGGGAGAGAUGAAGGCCCAGUUCAUUGGGCCACUGGUCUUUGGGGGCAUGAAUCUCAAAGUUGAAGAGCUGGAGUGGCGGUUAUCAGAGAGUGGGGCGAUAAAGACAGACCUGGAGGAAAACCCCAAGAAGCAAAUCGAAGACAAGCUAAUGUCAUCGAUCAGAGGUUCCCUUCCUACUCGAAAGGACAGUGACUCUGAGGACGAGGACUAUUAGGAAAAAACGCCUGUCACUCCAACUGACCUUAAAUCAUCUGCAGAUGGUUUGAGCAGGGAUGGCAUCUCCUGUAUCAGCAAAUGCAUUUCAUAUUUUGACCAUGUAGAUGGCGCUCUCAUACAGGGAUCAGUCCUGCUCAAGGGUGUCGGACGGGACACUUAGCUGGAGAGAAUCCAACCUAUGAUCUUGUUGUCGAAUCAGCCAGCCUCCUGUCUAUCUCUGUGGGAAAAUCAGCACAACAAUCACUCCUUUGUAAUUUCAAUAAACAUCCAACCCCAUCACUUGAGUCUGUACAAAAGCAUCAGAAACCGAUUUUAACUUUUUUAUUACGUUUCAAGAGAAUUGUCACAAAAUGUACAUGUACAUUUAAAUCUGUUAAAUUAAAUGUGAGUUCACCUUUUUGCCACAAUAAUCUGUGUGUUGCUAAGUCCUAUUUUUUUUUUUUGGAAAAUGUCACUGUUAAUUACAAAGAACUUGCUGAAC